CCCAACAGGAGGCUUUAAAGGGGCUGGAGCAAGAAAGAGAGAGGAGAAGCAAUCCUGCAGACAGAGGCCUAAACUAAACCACCAAAGAUACUGUCUAAAUAUACGUUUUUGAUUUUUUAAGGACAGUAACUGCUCCAGUCCACUAACAGAGGCUGAGAGAUGUCAGAAACAAAGAACAGCGAGGGAAGUGCGCUGAGGCGAGUGGUGAAGCUACCACUGGUCAGUUCCAGUCUGCAGAUGGUCACAGGCAUCUACGUGGGGGCCAAGCACCGUUACCCACUUUUGGGCAUAGUAGGUGGUAUGACAGAGCUGAGUGUCCGCAGCAUUUCCAUGGCAGCCAGUCAGUGGGCAGCACCCCUUCUACAGCGUCUGGAGCCUGAGAUUGAAACUGUGAACGGUUAUGCUGUUGUUGGUUUGGAGCAGCUGGAGAAAACAUUUCCCAUCUUUCAUCAGUCAGCAGAUGAGGUGCUUGAGUACGUGAAGGAGAGUUUUUUUCUAAGGCUGGAGGAUGCGCAGUAUCGUGUGAAUGUGGAACUGGAUGACAUGGUAGACCGGUGGCAAAGGGUGCUGAAAUUCACCUGGGAUGUGUUGGAGGCAGCUCAAGCUUCAGCAGCAGGCCAAGUGCUCACCUCAGGCCUUGAUGAGCUGCUCACUCGCUCUGAGGAGGCUGUGGCCUACUACCUACCGCUGCCACCCACACUGAGGCGUGACUGGGAAAUCAGAGUGCAGAGCUAUGAAGAUGAGGAUGGGAAUGAGGACGAUGAUGAUGACGAUGGCGAGCCACGUAUGUGGACACGUAUUCGCAGUCUGCUGUUUUAUCUGUAUCUUCAGAUGUACCACAGGUUUCUGCAGCUGAAGGAGAGAGUGGACAGUGUCUUGGAGUUUCUCGGAGAGGCUGCUGACGUGGUGGGGCUGACUGGGCUACUGGAGGGUGUGUGGUCGCUGCUGCAGCUGCUGCUGUCGCUGUACACAGCUCAGGUGCAGCGCGUAGAGGUCCUGGGCUCACUGUUGGUAGGUCAGUUCAGCGAGGCUGUGAAGGUGCUGAAAGAGCUGCCGCCCGUCCAACAGCUACUGACCCUGCCUGCUCAGGUGCACUCUGUCAUGGAUGAACUACUGGAGCUGGGCCAGAUUCUCAUCCAGCUCCUCAUCAACACCACGCCACUGUAUGACCUGGUUCAGCAAGCUUCAGACCAGAAUGUGACAGACUUCGAGCUAUCUGAUGGUGCCUCCCGUCGUAGCUCUGGCAACAGUCUUUUUCUAAAGGCCAUGGACGGUCGUCCACGUCGCCGCAGAAGCCUUUAUGCCCGUUAUCGCCGUAGCUUUUCCAGUGGCUCUUCCUCAAAUCCAGCUCCUUCUCUUAGCCCAGCUCCAGCACCAUCACCAGCCACAGCUUCCACCCCAGUCCCAGCUCCAGCACCAUCCCUUACUCCAGCCCCUGCCCCAGUCCCAGCUCCAGACAUGCCAGAGCAAGACCCCAUCUCAGACCCAGACCAAGACCCAGCUGAGGCUCAAGACCAAAUCCUAGACCAAGACUCGAUAGAGGCCGAAGAUGAGGGUCCAGACUCAGAACCGACUGAGGCCCAAGAUAAGUUCCCAGACCCUGAGCCAACUGAAGCCCAAGUUGAGGCCGAGGCACCUGAUGGACGCAAGGGCAGUCUGAAGAAGGAUGGCCAGCCAGCAGGAUCUCUGGAGCUGAAUGCCCCAGCUAUUUUCUUCACCAACAUGAUUCGGCGUCGCUCCUCCGCAUAUGAAGUUCCAGACCCUGAGCCAACUGAAGCCCAAGUUGAGGCCAAGGCACCUGAUGGACACGAGGGCAGUCUGAAGAAGGAUGGCCAGCCAGCAGGAUCUCUGGAGCUGAAUGCCCCAGCUAUUUCCUUCACCAACAUGAUUCGACGUCACUCCUCCGCAUAUGAAGUUCCAGAUUCAGAACCAACUGAGGCCCAAGAUCAGCUGCUAGACCCAGAGCCAACUGAAGCCGAAGUUGAGUCCCCGGCCAAGGCACCUGAUGGACGCAAGGGCAGUCUGUCAGCAGGAUCUCCAGAGCUGGAUUCCCCAGCGCUUUCCCCCUCCAACAUGAUCCGACGACGUUCCUCCACUAGAGAGAUGCUCUUUUCUCCCAUCAUGCAGUUUGUCACUCAGAGCCAGAGAGCAUUUGAGUACCUGAGCUCUAGUUCUUAUUCUGAUGACCAGGUCACACCAGUGGUGGACAACAGUGAGCAGUAA